UCUUCAGAGACUUCCUUCGAUUUUGUGCAACCUUCAUCUAUCUGAUGUCGUUGCUGAUCAAGUUUGUCGUUCAAAGUGAGACUAGUACCAAGGAGGAAGAGGAAAAGGAAGAAAAACACAACGAAAGUCUGCCACAAGAUGCAAAAUGCAAAUGGUGCAACAAGAAAGGAGAAUUGACGUAUGAUGAUAUCCGAGUGGUGGUGUGGAGGCUCGGCAUGGUGGGUCGAUGGAGUAACAAAGAGGUCAAGAGUGGAGAUGACUCUAUCACGUGCGAAGAGUGUCGAGCGAUGGAAGGAAUCAACGGGCUACUGGAGGAUAAGCUAGCUAGCUUGGAAGAACUGAAGGAGGCAUUCUAUGUGUUCGAUAGGAACGAGGAUGGGUUCAUAAGCCCUAAGGAAUUGUGGUGUGUGAUGCGGAGGUUGGGCUUGCAAGAGGGACUUGGUCUAUCAGACUGUGAGAGGAUGAUUCAUGUCUUUGAUGAGGACAAUGACGGAAAGAUAAACUUCAUGGAGUUCAAGCGCUUGCUCGAGAACACUAUUUAGUCUUUCUUCUUCUGCUGUUACGAUGGUAGCACUUACGAAGUAGAUCCAAGUUCAAAGUGUAGUG